AUGUCGCUUCACUCUUUCCUUGGAUUUUCAUUGUUGACAAUUGCCUCUGUAGUACAGGCGCAAGAUUGUCCAAUUCAAUUUGAAGGACGCAUACCAGUAGGAACCACACCAAGUGCAUUUGAUAACACAAAUCUCUACAAUCCUAAAUAUAACUUUGGAGCGAAUCUCACAUGGAGCGAAAUUAUCAAAAUCCCGUCUGAUGUUCCCUCUUCUUUGUAUGGUGGAAACUCAACCAUACCCUUCGAGGUCACCCUCUCUGAUGCCUCCAUCUAUGCUCCCUCAUCGACCAAUGUUCAAGUCGGAUUUCGUCGUGCCGAAUUGAUGCCUGCGUCAAACAAUGGCUCCGAUCCAUCUACCAUUGGUGUUAAGACUCUUCAUUUCUCCAUCAUGAAAGAUGAAUCUCGUAAAUUGAACCUUAGCCACGAGUACCAAAUUGUCUUCCUUGAAAGUGCAGAUUACAGCACAAAUCAAAUUGUGUUGAAGACAGGUACCAUCUUAGACACCAACAUCACGGAUCCAAAUGUCUUGAGAGUCGUAGGAAAUGUUAAUGAAGGAGCCAAAGAACUCUUCACCACCCCAUUUACUGAUGGAUGGCACAACUUUGCUUUGAAGUUGGAUUUUACCGCCAACACAACCCAAGUUUUCUACUCCGCCUCUACCAAAUCUCUUGCAUCUGUAAGCGAAGCUUUGUCUAACGAUCUCUCGGGACGAGGUCAAUACCACUUCGGCUUGUUGAAAAAGCCAACAAAUUUUGCUCCUGGUGCGGAUAUCACCAAGAACGGGUUCCAGGAAAGUGGAAUUAAUGAGGGAUUGAUUUUUGGUGGAAUUUUUAUGGUUGAUAGCGAAAAUUGUGAUUCUGAUGUGUGCGAGGUUUGA